AACAAAUUUGCCAUGAACACUUGAUGUUUAUUGAUUCGGAAAUAAUUCUUUGGUGAUAAUAUGGGCCUUUUCCAAAAGUUAGCGCAUUUCUUGGGUGUCAAAAAGAGAGAAGUUAAUGUUCUCGUUGUUGGACUCAACAACAGUGGAAAAACGACUGUAGUGAAUAGAUUUAAAAAUGAAGAAGAAAGGGUUGCAGAUAUUGUUCCAACGGUUGGCUUUUCGGUUGAGCGAUUUCAAAAUAAAAGCCUGUCCUUCACAGCAUUCGACAUGUCCGGUCACGGCCGCUACAGAGACCUCUGGGAACACUACUACAAAGACUGCAACGGCAUCAUCUUCGUGAUCGACAGCAGCGACCGCCUCAGGCUAGUGGUGGUGAAAGAGGAACUUAAUCUCCUUCUGCAACAUCCGGAUAUAUGUCACAGAAAGCUGCCCAUCCUCUUCUUCGCCAACAAAAUGGAUAGCAAAGAGGCCCUUAGCAGCGUUAAGAUAGCCGCGGCCCUGGGCUUGGAUAAAAUCAUGGACAAACCUUGGCACAUAUCGGCGAGCAACGCGCUAACGGGUGAGGGGCUGCAUGAAGGGGUUGAAUGGUUGACGCAGCAGGUGAGGGAGAUGAUUUUGGCCAAGGCUUGAUGAAGGUUGUGGUGGACAAUCGACGUUGAGGACGAGAGGAAUAAUGUACGUCUUUUCAUACUGUAUGACCAAGAGAUGCAUAGAAAAACUGGUGUUUUAAGAUUUUAUUAGAGGCUAUGACUUUUACAAGCGUAGAUGACUAAUUUACGCUUCAACACGCCUCUUUUAGGCGUUUUCAAAACAUCGCAUUCGAUUUGUACUAAUGGUAGGUUGAAGAUCAAAGAUUGCAUGGUCUACUCAUUUUUUGAAGGGUUUAUUUUGAAAUCAAUGGCUCUCUUAUUCAGAUCUUCAAUUUAUGACCCAUAGUGCAAACAAAUCUUUCAGCUACAUUGAAAAUUGAAGUGCCAACUUGACUUUGUCAGGUAGUCACUUGUUGUAUAGUCACUCCCUCUGUGAACAGAAUGGUGAAACUUAUUGGAUCGUAUUUUUGACAAAAUAUUUCACAUGGAAAAGGGGUCUAUCACAGAACUAUAACUUAUAACUAAGUUAUAGUUCUGUGGAUCUAAUAAUCAUUCCAGGUAUCUUUUCUUCUUUUUCCAUUAAUGGCUUCAGCUGCCAGGGCUAUCCAGCCAGGGACAUUCCAGGUAUAUUCUAUGCAUCUUGACAUACUUUAGUUAUUUUUUGUAUUGCCAACUUGAUACUUAAAACCUUUUUGUGUGAAGAAGUCAGAAGAAUUUGAAAUUAAUAACUGUAGAUCAACAUAUUAGGCAGUAACUUUACAUUUUCAGCUUGUCCUUUAUUGAACUUGAGAAGAUUCUUUGUAGAUCUGGAUGUAUUUUACAGAUUGUGAAAGGCUGAUAACCCAAAAAACGUAAAGAAAUUAAUAGUCAAAUCUAUAAAUAUAGAUCAUUACUCCUAUUUUUACUAUUCUGAAGCAAAAGGCUCCCAAAUUACAUAACAUCUGGAAUUUUAGAAGA